AGAACAAGGAUUAAAAAGAAUAGAGAACAAGGACAGAUCGAUGAUCAGCUGAUUUCAUACCAGCCUUCGUCCACGCUUCCCCCAAUUCCAAAAUUUAUAGGUUCCUUGCGUCAUUUUGAUUUCAAAUUCGGCUGUUCAUCAACCAACAUCUGCUUCGUCGUUUCACGGCGAGUUUUCGAAACAACGGCCGGCGCGAAUUCAACAACAGUUGGCUCAGGGUUCCUGGGGGCGUAAUCACGAAACUCUUAGGUGACGAAGGCUGGUAUGAAAUCGCUGGUCAUGAACAAGGGGUUCUUGACAGGUCUCUUGGGGAAUUUCAAUGGCAACUUUUAAGUUGAGCGCGGUCAACCAGUUCAUCGACGCCCACAACUCGCACCUGGAGAACAACACAAUCUACGUCUUGGAGUACUCGCUAGAAGGCGCAUCGAUCGUUGCAGAGAUAGGCAGUAGCCCCCGCAGCAAGUACAAGGAGCUAGAGGUCCUAGGCACGACCAUCCGGGGCCUGCGGUUGAUAGAGCUCGUGAAGGACCUUCGUCCCAGGAAUGCCAAGUCGUUCUACAAUCUGAGAGUCAACUAUGAAGGCACCUGCUUCGUCUGCAGCUCCAAGGCCGGCGAUUAUUGUGGAGUGGAGACCAAUACCCUGUUCGAUUGGUCCAAGUAUGGGGUGAAGAUGAAGGGACAGAAGGACUUGGACGCCGUCAAGGCACGGUUGAAGGGUAAGGACAAGGACCUCUCAUGGGCUAAUAAAGUUUUGUCAUUAAAGGAACAGGAACUCAGUACUCUGAAAACCCAAUUCGAGUCCACUUCCAAAGAGUUGUUUGCUCUCAAGAAUGUAUCUGUGGAGAGGGAUGAAGAGUUGAGAGCAUGUAAAUCGAGAUUGCAAAAUCUCGAAGAAGAGGUUUCGGAGUCCAGGAGGGUUGUUCAGGAGAGGAACAAGGAAGUGGAAUCUUGUGGGCGGCAGAUGAAGGUAAUGGAGGAAGAGCUUUCAUUGUACAUGGAUCGACUGGAGAAGAACAAUAAGAUGAUUGAUGAAUUGAACUCCCUGUUGGAAGAGACCCGGAACAAGUUGAAAGAUUGUCAGGUUGCUAUGAAAGAGAAUGGAAACAGUUCCAAAGAGUUUUUUGCUCUCAAGAAGCUAUCGGGGGAGAGGGAUGAAGAGUUGAGAGCAUAUAAAUCGAGAAUACAAAAUCUCGAAGAAGAGGUCUUGGAGUCCAGGAGGGUUGUUGAGGAGAGGAACCAGGAAGUUGAAUCUUGUGGGCGGCAGAAGAAGGUAAUGGAGGAAGAGCUUUCAUUGUACAUGCAUCGACUGGAGAAGAACAGUAAGCUGAUUGAUGAACUGGACUCCCUGUUGGAAGAGAAUAGGAAUAAGUUGAAAGAUUGUCAGGCUGCUAUGAAAGAGAACGGGAACAGCUCCAAAGAGUUGUUUGCUCUCAAGAAGCUAUUGGGGGAGAGAGAUGAAGAGUUGAGAGCAUGUAAAUCGAGAAUACAAAAUCUCGAGGAAGAGGUCUUGGAGUCCAGGAGGGUUGUUCAGGAGAGGAACAAGGAAGUGGAAUCUUGUGGGCGGCAGAUGAAGGUAAUGGAAGAAGAGCUUUCAUCGUAUGUGCAUCGACUGGAGAAGAACAAUAAGCUGAUUGAUGAACUGGACUUCCUUUUGGAAGAGAAUGGGAACAAGUUGGAAGAUUGUCAAGCUGCUAGAAAGGAGAUGGAGGUAGAGCUGUCAGCUUGUAUGAAACUGCUAGAGGAGAAGAACAGAGUUAUUGAGGAGCAGGAGAAGGUGUUGCAAGCAGAGGAUUGCAAGUCGGAGUUGCAAAAAGCCAGGGAAGAGCUGACUCUGGUAAUGGGUUUGGUGGAAGAGAAGGAUAGAAUUAUGAGUGAAUUGGUGAGGGAAGUGGAUCACGGGAAGGCAGAAUUUAAGUACAAAGAGGAAGAGCUGUAGAAAAGUUUGAAGCCAAGAAAAAGCUUGAGGAAGAGAAGAAUCGAGAUAUUGUCUGAUUGCAAGUCGACAUCUUUAACCCAAGCAGGAACACAGGACAAGUCCAUGUAAGUUACAGCUAAUGGGCAGAAGAAAGGAACUUUUAUUAGAAUUUUCUUCUGGUUUGGUCAGAUCAAUCUGCCAGCAAUGUAGAUGUUCAUCUCUGUUUCAUUUCUAUAACAUUUCAUCACUGUUGAAAGUACUGUAUACCUACAACAUGCUUGACCAUUUUUGUACAAGCACUGCCAACACUGUAAAUGUUCAUCACAGAUGAGUCUAUAAACAUCAUCACUGUUGAAAUAUGUACUGUAUAUACCUACAAGAUGCCUCUUUCA